AUGGCAGCUAAGGUUGGGAUUUUUGCAGCUAUUUUACUAGUUUGCGCGGUCCUAUUACCUUUGCUAGCCUCAUCAUUUCUGGAUCAUCGUCCUGAAUUUCUAGAACAUGAUUCUAGUAAGACAGACGUAACGAUCCAUGGUGAUAUUAAUAAUGUUGUUCAUGACAAUAACAAUGACUUCGCGAUUCCUAGCUCAAAUCAUGAGACAAGGAAUGAACGGUCCUUAAAGGAAAAGAAAAAGUCGAAGAAGAAUAAGAAUAAGAACAAGAAGAACAAAAAUAGAAAAGAGUCUCACGAACAUGAUUUUGAGACUUUCAAGUUUGACCACCCCAUAAUAGGAGGUGGCCACCAUGGAGUAGGGGAAGAAGGCGAAUUUUCGUAUGAUUUUCCUGAAUUUAACGUAUCUACGACUAUAGAAAAACACGUACAACCAGAGAUUAAUGGCGGAUUACAAGAGGGAUUUUAUCAAAAAACAUGUCCUCAAGCAGAGCAAAUUAUCAAAAAUGGCCUAAUUAGGGCACUUCAAAAUGACUCUACUAUUGCUGCUGCCAUCCCUAGACUUCUCUUACAUGAUUGUUUUGUCAAUGGUUGCGAUGGGUCAAUAUUGCUGGAUACAACACCAAGUGGUGGGAAGGUAGAGAAGUUAGCUCCGACAAAUGGCAUUACAGUCAAGGGGUUCGAACUCAUCGAUGAGAUCAAAGCAGAACUCGAGGAAAAUUGUCCGGGCAUUGUCUCGUGCUCCGAUGUUUUAGCCUAUUUAUCGCGUGACGCCUUUGUUGCAUCAGGCCUCCCGCAUUACGAGGUGCCAGGUGGACGACGUGACGGUAUGGAAUCGCUCGAAGAAAACAUAGGUGGCAACCUCCCAUUGCCUGAUGACACAGUAGAUAAAAUGAUUGAUCUUUUCAAGAAAAAAGGCCUAAAUGCUGAAGAUUUAGUUGUCCUAAUUGGUGCACAUUCAAUUGGAGUGGCACAUUGUUUCAACUUUCUUUAUAGAUUGGACACACCUGAAAAAGCCCAAAUGGUUGAUCCAAGACUUGGUGGUGUUAUGAGAUUUACAUGUAGUAGUGAAAUGAGUACAAUAGCCUUUGAUGCCACAACACAAUACAAAAUGGACAAUGUAUUCUACAAGCAAUUGUUGAUGAAAAAAGGACUUAUUGAGUCUGAUCAAAUUUUGACACAAGAUAUAAGAACAAGGGGACUUGUCCAAAAAUUUAGUGAUAGUGAAGUGGGCUGGUUUAGUAAAUUCGGCGUGGCCAUGAACAAACUCGGGGCAGUGGAAGUGCUCACCGGAAACCAAGGCCAAAUCAGGAAACAAUGUCGAGUUGUUAACUUAUAA